UCCCCCAACCAUUUUUGUCAAAGUCAACCGUCUUCCUCCUGCAAACCCUCUCCAUCACAACAUUCUCCAAUUUUCUCGCUAUGUCUUCCAUGGCUAACCAUAGCCCAUCAUCCCCUACAAACCGACAUUCACACAAACAACAUAAAUUUUUCUUCACAUUUUCUCUGCGAUUCUUCUUGUGCAAACAAUGGUAGAAUCAUUGUAUCCUCUCCUCCUCUUCUUCCUCCUCCUUAACUUCCUCCCAUUCUCACACUCCAAACUCACCCUCGAUUACUAUAACAAGACAUGUCCACAAUUCCACGAUAUCAUGCAACGAAUCUCCGUCGAGAAACAAAUGGCCAGCCCCAGCACCGCUGCCGCCACCAUCCGCCUCUUCUUCCACGAUUGUGUGGUGGACGGUUGUGACGCCUCUACACUCGUUUCCUCAACUGCCUUCAACAAAGCUGAACGUGAUGCCGAAAUCAAUCUCUCCUUAGCUGGCGACGGUUUUGAUAUCAUUACACAUGCCAAGACCGCGCUUGAGCUCCAAUGCCCCGGUAUCGUCUCUUGCUCUGACAUACUUGCCACCGCUGCACGUAACCUUGUUGUUACUACCGGUGGGCCCUACUACAAAGUCCGAUUAGGCCGUAAAGAUGGACUCGUGUCAAACGCAUCUCGCGUGGAAGGAAAUAUCGCGAAAGAAGAUAUGCCAUUAACGAAAAUCAUCUCUAUCUUCGAAGCUAAAGGUUUGACGAUAAAAGAACUGGUGGCUCUCGUCGGCGCACACACGGUGGGAUUUUCUCACUGUGAAUCAUUCGCUAAGAGAAUUUUCAAUUUUAGCAAAACUUCCGAGUAUGACCCUGCGAUGAACCCUAAGUACGCUCAAGGGUUGAGGAAACUAUGUGAAAAUUACACUAAAGACCCCGAAAUGUCAGCAUUCAAUGACGUGAUGACACCUGGAAAGUUUGAUAAUUUGUAUUAUCGGAAUCUGCAGAGAGGAUUGGCUUUGUUGGCGUCCGACCAAGAGAUGGCGGUGGAUAAGAGGACUAAGCCAAUCGUGGACUUGUACGCGGCGAAUCAGUCUGCGUUUUUCCAUGAUUUUGCUCACGCGAUGGAGAAGGUCAGUGUUUUGAACGUCAAGACUGGGAAGAAAGGAGAGGUGAGACACAAGUGUAGCGAAUUUAACCAUUUCGAUGGCGGAAAAUAGAGAAACUACGGGUAUUAUUAUAUAUCGACAGCAGAAAUACACAUUCUUUUAUCUUUAAUUUCAACAAAAAUUACCAUAUUGAUGAA